AUGUCUGGCUACAACUACAAGCGCGAAGAGGACGAGGAGUCCGAGGAUGAGGCCAUCGAUGAAUCUUCCUACAAGGCGCAAAAGGAUGCGUUGAUUUUCGGCAUUGAGAUUAGCAAGUCCAUGCUGGAGCCGCCAGAGCCCUCGGAUGACAAAAAGGCUAGUAGCGACUGCGCUGCUAUAGCUGCCUUAAAGUCGGCAUACAAGAUUAUGCAGCAGCGUAUAAUUUCCAACCCCAAGGACCAGAUGGGCAUAAUUCUCUUCGGAACCCAAAAGUCAAAAUUCAUUGAAUAUGAAGGCAGGGUAACCACAGUCUCUUACCCGCAUUGCUAUGUGUAUCAGCCCUUGGAUGUCCCCUCCGCAGAGGAUGUCAAGAAAUUGCGGAGCCUUGUCGAGGAUGGAGAAGAUGAAGACGAGGUCCUGGUUCCUUCCACUACAGAACCCGUUGAGAUCAAGGAUCUCAUCAUUUGCGCCAACCAAAUAUUUACAACAAAAGCACCCAACUUUGGUUCGCGGCGGCUUUUCAUCAUCACUGACAAUGAUGACCCUCAUCCCGGCGACAAGUCCCUUGCCAACUCCGCGGCUACCCGGGCAAAUGAUUUGUACGAGCUAGGUGCCAGCAUCGAGAUUUUCCCCAUCGUUCAUGACGAUGCCAAAUUCGAUGCCACCAAGUUCUACGAUAGCAUUGUUCACAUCGAUACUACCUACGAAGCCAUAGACCCUACUCGCUUGAAUUCAACAAAGCUAGGAGAUCUGGACUCGUUGAUCAAGAAUAUCAACUCGAAGCAGACACCAAAGCGGGCAUAUUUUUCCAAGAUGAACUUUGAGCUUGGUCCAGGCAUGGUAAUUUCUGUCAAUGGUUACAAUAUCUUGCAGAAACAGUCGCCCGCAAGGUCCUGCUACGUCUGGCUUGAUGGAGAGAAGGCACAAUUUGCCACCAGCUCAACCACUCGCAUGGCAGAAGAUGAUUUAAGAAGUGUCGGCAAAGACGAGAUGAGGAGAGCCUACAAAUUUGGUGGCGAGCAUGUCUAUUUCAGCCCAGAGGAGCUGAAAGAUAUCAAGGAAUGGGGAGACCCGGUAAUUCGUAUCAUUGGUUUCAAGGAUCGAUCUCUCCUGGACUUCUGGAUGUCUCUCAAGAAGGGUAUUUUCAUUUACCCCAACGAAGCGGGUUAUGUUGGUUCAACCCGUGUUUUCUCGGCUCUGUGGCAGAAGCUGCUCAAGUCCCAGAAAAUAGGCAUUGCCUGGCAUGUUUCUCGAAAGAAUGGAAACCCGACUCUAGUGGCAAUCAUUCCAUCGAGAGGUCCCGACGACGAUAGCUCUGGCACACAGUAUCUACCGGCUGGUUUAUGGCUAUGCCCUAUCCCUUUUGCCGAUGAUGUUCGCCCCGCGCCAGAGACCAAAUUGGUUCGCGCGACGAGCCUGAUGAUCGAUGUGAUGAACAACAUCGUGCGAAACCUACAAUUGCCGGCAGCUAGAUACGACCCUUUUGCGUAUCCAAACCCGGCUCUCCAGUGGCACUACAGAAUACUGCAACUCUUGGCACUGGAUGAGGAAUACGACCCGGACAAGAUAAAGCCAGAAGACAAGACAAGGCCCAAGGUAAAACAGAUCCACAAGCGCGUCGGUGGCUAUAUGCAAGACUGGGCCAAGGCGGCUGACGAAGAGCUGUCCAAGUACGAAGAUCAGCAGGCUAUCAAGCGCGACCACGAUGCUGAAGACGAAGACGAACCUCGGCCAGCUAAAAGGCCGCGCAAGGCUGCCGACAAGCCUGCUAAUGGCGGUGACAGUUCUGCUGUCAACGAUGCUGCGUUGAGAAAGAUGGUUGAGAGCGGUGAAUUGUCAAAAUUAAAAGUCCCCGAACUGAAGGCUAUUCUCACCGCACGGGGCUUGGAUGUCAAGGGCAAGAAGGCGGACUUGAUUGAAAGACUCGAAGAGUGGGCCGAAAGCUAG